AACAAAACAAAGUUUUGUCGAAAAAGAACUCAUCUGCUGGUGAAUCAAACAAGAAUACGGUUUAGUUUGCAGUAAAAAUCAAAGAAUAAAAGUAUGGCUUCACUGUCUGAGGAAAAAGAAAAUGAAUGCUUACCACAUAGGGAUAUAUUACGUGUUUGCUCAGAGACAAAUCAAGGUAUGCGAAGGUAUAUGGAAGAUGAGGUGUCAGUUGUAAUUGAAGAAGGCAAAAGAACCGCUUUCUUAGGGGUUUUCGAUGGCCAUGGAGGCAAAGAAGCUUCAAUAUUUGCCAGGGACAAUCUUUACACUAAUAUAAAAAAUCAGCCUGGAUUUUAUGAUACAGAUGCUGAGAAGGUCAAGUUGGCCAUCAGGAACGGAUUUGUUGCCACACAUUGGCAGAUGUUUCAUGAAGUUGAGAACUGGCCAAAACGGAAAGAUGGACAAAACUCUACUAGCGGCACAACUGCAACUGUUGCUAUUAUUCGAGAUCAGAAAAUGUACAUUGCUCAUGUGGGUGACUCAGCUGCAAUAUUAGCUAGUAAAGAAGAUGAAAAUUUUGUGUGCAGGGAGUUGACAGUCGAUCAUAAACCAGACAGUGUAAAAGAAAAAUCGCGCAUUGAAAACCUUGGUGGGCGUGUAGUAAAAACAAAUGGUGUACCACGGGUUGUAUGGAAACGUGCUGUAAGAAGUUGCUCUCCUAUUGAUGGUGAAGUAAGCACAAGAUACGAGUAUGUUCCAUUUUUGGCUGUGUCAAGGGCUUUAGGUGAUGUGUGGAGUUAUGACACUGAAAGAAGAGAAUUUAUUGUAUCGCCUGAGCCUGAGAUUGAAGAUAUUGACUUAAUUCCGGGACACCAUAAGUUUGUUUUGCUUGCUAGUGAUGGCCUAUGGGGUGUUAUGAAUGGACAGGAUGCAGUUGAUAUAGUCACGAGAUGCGAGAGGUCUUCUUCGAAAAAGCCUAAGCAACGAAACUGCUCCCAUACUUUAAUUAAUGAGACGAUAAACUUGUGGCAUAAAAAGCGUUCAAGAGCUGACAAUAUUUCUGCAAUUGUUGCCUUCCUUGAUGAUGAGUUUGACGCGUGUUGUGAGCCCUCCACCACCCUAAUAAAUGAAGAUGAGGCAGAUACUGAUGUUAUCUCGGACGUUGAUGAUGACACACCGCCAAUGAGUAAAUCCAGUUCUACCUUUUCGUUAGUCAGACAGAUUGCAUUUCAAGGUGCACACACAAUAUCACCAAAAGUUUCGCUGGAUGAUGUAUCUGAAAAGUUGAAAACAUCCAGCAAUGAAAUUGCAGCUUCAUCUGAUCAGGACAUAGAGAUUUCAUCGACGCCAGAUGCUUCAGGCAAACGUAAAAUCGAUGCUCAAGAUAAUCGAUCUGAGAAGAAAGUACGAACCACGUUGGCCGGCACACCAUCUGCUAUCACUGAAGAUAGUCACCAAUGCCACAUAAUAACUGUGUUGAGCUCGGAAAGCCUGUGUGAUUUGCAACUAGACGAAGAUCUAGGACUCGCUGACGACGAGUCCGAUGACUAUAACACUACAACGAUACGUAACCCAUUAAGAAAUCCACUUUCAGCGCAUGCUUUGCCCCGUGUUGUACGAGCGAAACAGUAAGCUUAGUUUUCCAAAGUAAUAUAAUUUAUAGAUUUUUUUUUUUUUUUUGAGAAGUAUAUUCUUAUUAAAUCUGUUGAUUGUGAUGAUGUGUGCAAAUAAGUAAAUUGAAAUUUUGUGUCCUCAUGCCAAACUGUGUAACAUUGUGUGUCUUUUUUUUGUGUGUUGCUACAUAAUUUAUUGACAAAAGUGGCUUCUGUGAAAACAAGUGUACAUUAAUUUAUUUUUGACCGCUGCUAAUAUUUUUGCACGCACUGCUGGAAAUUCGAUAGAGGAGUAAAAUUUUAAAACGUUAUAUGUCAUUGGAGCAAGAGGUAUGCUUUCUUGUAAUUGGAUUCCGUGUCGCUUUGUCAUAAUUUAUUUAAUUCUUUACUAAGUAUAUAUUUAUUUAAUAUCUGUAUCGAUUACACGUGUGUAUCUAUGCUUUAUGGUAUUGCCUUUAAAGGCUAGUUUCUACUGUGUUUUUUGUUUAUUUUUUAACGAAUGUAAACGCAGUGGAGUUACUAUUUUAUUAAAAUAAAUUCUGCAUGUUUUACUGCAGUGCUUAGUAGCUAAUAGUGUAUAUACUGAAUGAAUAACUGGCCAUGAUGUGUCAGGUAUUACGUCAUAAUGUGAAUAGAUUGUAUAAAAUAGAUUUUAACAUUUUAAAACUUUUAUGUUACACUCGAAUUUGACUGCGAAAUUUAUAUAUUUACGCACUUUUUAAGCUGGAUUUACACUGUUAAUUAAACGGAUACCUGGUCAUGAUAGGAUGCCUUUUUUUCGACCUAAAUUGCACUAAAAGUCAUUUUUACAUCAUUUCUAUCGGAAUAGAAAAAAUAAGACAGAGUGAUCAGCAAGCAAUGGAAUUGCAGCAUUCUUUUAUCCUGUUCCGUUUUUUUUGUUUUAAAGUGGAAAUCCAGCUUAAUGUGUAUAAUUUAAAUCAUAAGAAUCAAACCUUAGUGUAAUUAGGGCUUUAAUGAAGCAUGGUGUGCAUAAUGUGAAGAAAAGAGAAUAUAUCUUAAAAUAUAUUUUUGAUAUGUUUCUGUGUAUUAAAAUCUAACCGAACUUUUUUUUAUCUCUAAGUAUGAUAAUGUGUAUUUUACAGAACGGAAAACUUGUUCUGCAAAAACACAGCUACAGUCGUUUUUUGAUCAGUUACCUAUUCUGCAUUUUUGGCUCUAAGAACUUUGUGUCGAUUGGUUGAUUUGGAUAGUGUGAUUUGAUUACUGUGUACUUUUUUGAUUCUUUUGAAAAGAGACUGGAAACUAAGUUGUCUUACCUUAUUUGUCAAUCUUAUUGUACAACUUGCCAUUUGUAUUGAAAUAUAAUAUAGUGCUAUUCGAAGGAGAAAAUUAUCCUCAUGUAUCAUCAUGAAUAUAAUAAUAUAUUUCCUUAGAUAA